UACCUUGAUCGACUCCCACCCCCACCCACUGGCACUGCCGUAAUUUAUACCAAUAUUUAAACACAUUACAGGCUGCUGUUCCUGAAAAAGAAUUAAAUGCAAUCACGUCAUGUUUCUGGAUUAAAACGCAGAAACGUUCUGAGGAGCCCACUGUGUUGUCAUAUGCAGUUCCCCGUACAGAUAAUGAAUUCACUAUAUAUUUAACACCAACUAUUAGAGUGUUAGUCAAAGACGAACUUGGACCCCCAAUGUUAUUAUUCGAGUAAGUAAAAGACCUGUUGCUUUUUAUUGAAAGGUGUGUUUUAACCUCGGUUUGUUUGUCUGUUUGUAUUUGUGUUUGUUUAAUUGUUUGUUCGUUCUUUGUCUGUUUAUUUGGUUGUUCUGUUAUUUAUUUGUUUGGUAUUGUGUUAAUUUGUUUUGUUUAUCUGUUUUGUUUGUCUGUGUCUCGUCUCCGUCUCAUGUGCCUUCAAUAUCCGGCGCUUUCUACGCCACUCUGAAUGUAUGGCUACUACUAAAAAGCGAUACAGCGAUACAACGAUACAGCGAUACAGGAACCGGAACCUGGAACCGGAACCUGGAACCGUGCAUAAUUUAUGCAAAUUAGAGCAUUUUGCACCACAGGAGAUAUACAUAAUAAUAAUUUACAGGGGGGGGGGGGAGGGCGCAAUUCAAUGAUAAUAUACAAUAUUAUAUGCAAGGCAUUUUGAUUUUUAAACAAAACAAAGAAUGAACAUCGUUGUAGCACUACAUGUUUCGUAAUUGCGCGGCCAUUCUUCUUGUCUGUUUUGAUAUGACUGCAUGUGAUGCACUUAGUUUAUUUACUGGCCGCCGCACUUGAUUAUGAAAUCCCAGCAGACAGAGAAGGGAAACCACGGCAAGCAAAGCAGAUUGCGCUGGAUUCAGCAGCAAUUGUGCGCUAAAUUAAGUAAUUAGAGUGUAGUGUAGUGUAUGAUGCAACCCAGCAUUGAAUAUGCUAUAUACACUGCGAAUAUUGCGAAUAUAAAUAAAUAAAAUAAAUAUGCUGCAUGCCGAAAUAUAUCCGCUUGAACAUCAAUCACAAACAUAAAUGAAGUUUAUAUGAAGGUAUAGUAACUCCAAUGUAAAAAAUACAUUUAAAAUGAAAAAUUGAUUUGUCUGAUUGAAAUUCAGCGUCGAAAACAUAUAGACGUACUCCGGUACUUGAUAGUACUAUAUUAUAUAGGGUAAGAGACACGACUAAGUGAAUUUCGACGCUGAAUUUCAAUCAGACAUUUCAAUUUUUCAUUAUUAAAUGCAUUAUUGACAUUGAAGUUACCUUCAUAACUUCAUUCAUGUUUGUAUCGUUGCCAGUCAAGCGGAUAUUUUUAGUACUGAUGCAGCAUAUUCGCAAUAUUUGCGUAUUCCGGCGGCAGCGUAUAUAGCACAUUCAAUCGGUUGGAUUGCAUCAUACACUACACUCUAAUUGCUAGUGAAUUCAGCGCAAUCUGCUAUGCGUGCCAUCGUUUCAUUCUCUGUCUGCUGGCAUUUCAUAAUCAAGUGCGGGGGCUAAAUAAAAUGUGUCAUGCAGUCAUAUCAAAACAGGCAAAAGUGCUACAACGAUGUUCAUUCUUUGUUUUGCUUAAAAAUCAAAAUGCCUUGUUAGUUGUAUAUAAUAUUUUAUACUAUCAUUGAAUCUCCCCCCCCCCCUGUAGAUUAUUAUUAUGUAUAUCCCCUGCGGUGCAAAAUGCUCUAAUUUGCAUAAAUUAUGCACGGUUCCUGGUUCCGGUUCCAGGUUCCGGUUCCUGUAUCGCUGUAUCGUUGUAUCGCUGUAUCGCUUUUUAGUAGUAGCCCUGAAUGGCUACGUCAUUUUAUUAAUCUAUUUUAUAGAACGGAAAUAUUUUAUUAUAAAUCUAUUUUAUAGAACGGGAAUUUGGGUAAGCGAUGGUAAAUGGCAUCACGUCUGCAUCACAUGGGAAAGUGGUCGUGGUUGUGUGCAAGCUUACAAGGACGGCGUGCUUAUAAACAGCAAGACUGCGUAUAUGCGAGGAAGGCCGAUUUUGCCAUUUGGUAUAUGGAUUAUUGGGCAAGACCAAGACACGCUUGGUGGAGGUUUUACUUCACACGACGCAUUUCAUGGUUCCCUUACUGAAGUCAACGUAUGGGACAGAGUCCUGGAUGCGAGUGAGAUUUCCACCCUUGCAAACAGUAAAUGUGGAUCGGGGAUGAAGGGAAAUUAUAGAGCGUACAAUGAUUUCGUUCCCUACGGAGGUGUUCGAAAGUACAAACCUUCUUGUUGUGAGCAGUAGGAUUGUAUUUCUCAAGGUUUUUGUCAUUAUACUUUAUACAAAUUAUUAAUGUUGUCCGAAGCAACUUUUAAAUUAGACUUCUUAGUUUGACAACCAAAGUUGAAACAUUUUUAUAUGAAUAAAAUGAUAUAAAAUGUUGCCGAAGGCGAGGUGAUUAUCGGCGAAUAAAAACCGACACGAAGUCGAGGUUUUUAUUCACGAUAAUCACCCAGCCUGAGGUGAAUAAUUGUUUUUAAUAGUAUAAUUUAAUAGGUGAUUAUUUGGAAACAAAUUUUAAAAUGCACAUUUCUUCGUCAUUUAAUUGACAAAACGGCUUCGACCGCCAUUUUGAAAAUCGCUUUGGUGAUUAUCGCGUAAUCAUCUCAACGGCAACCAAUCAGCGUAGAGAAUUUUAAAUAAUCACCUAUGUAAUUAUACUAAAGUUGGUUAAUCCAAAUUAAAUUGAAUAAAUAAAUUCCUGAUUAAAAUUUCAAUCCAGCUGUAUUCGACUUGAUUUUCAAUUUUGUCCGACUGUUUCUAGGAGAAAAUUUUUAUCCUUAAUAAAGGAUCAAAAGUGAAAUCAAUUAGCCUUUCUCACGAUGGGUGGCAUCUAAUUCUUGUUAACCAAUGCAGACAAUUAAAACAAUGUGAAAAGCAAUUUUUCAAAAUAAACUAACCAUUUACAAAGCAAAUUUACCAUCAUUCAUGCAAAAAAUUAUAAAAAGUCGCUGUUAUGUGGACUUGUCUCGCAGACUUCGGCUGAAAUGUCUCUUAUCUCGCAGACUUCGGCUGAAAUGCCACCCAAAAAUGGCGGCGUGAGAAAGGCUAAUUCAGUUCGCCCAUGCAUGUUGAGCGAAAUUUGAAAUCGCUUGAAACUUCUAAUCGAAAAAUGCUGCACGUUCGACAGAUAGUUACUAUAAAAUAAUUAAGUAGCCAAUAUGCUGUUGUAGAUUGUAUUCUAAUCAUUAUACCAAUGUUAGCACUGAUAAUUUUUAUUUUAAAACUUUACAAUUAAACUUCUUAUAUAGUUUAGUUGUAGUCAA